AUGAAAGACGCGAUGGAGAGUACUAUGGAUAAUGCUCUGGAGAAGACGAUUACGUCGGCAAUCGGCUUCGCUAAGAACAUCCUAAAAUCUGAGCAAAAACGGAAUGACUUCCUGUCUGACGAGCUCGCCUCUCAAGCCACCCCAGCGUGUCGAAAAGCAGUCGAAUACCUCCACAAGGUCAUUUCUUCUAUGAAAAAGCAUCUUGAUGGCGAAAAUAUUGAUAUGAUCCUAACUGCCUUAGGUGGAAAAUUCUACACGCUCAUUUAUGACCAUCUUCAAGCUUUCCAAUUUUCCUCCAUGGGUGGAAUGCUGGCCAUCUGCGACAUAAAAGAAUACAGAACUGCCGCAAAAUCGCUCAACUCUGUUCUCGUUGAUUCCAAGUUCGACACCCUCCAUGCUUUGUGCAACCUGUUGAUUGCUGUUCCAGAGAAUCUCAGACAAGUCUGCACUGGAGAUCAGCUCGCAAAUCUGGACAAGAAUGUGCUUCACAAUUUCGUCAAGCUCAGAACCGACUACAAGGCCAAUAACCUCCAACGGCUCUUUACAUAA